AUGAAGUGUUCAGCAGUGAAGACCAUUACCACGAAUACUGUUACAAGAAGAACACCACCAACAAGAAUCCCUUUUGGUUAUAUGCACAAUUCAUCUUCGAUGUCUACUCCAUCGCCUUCAAAAUCAUCAGCAGCAGUAUUCUUUGGCGUCUGUUCAAUUCCAACAACAACACCUCCUCUUAUUCCUCUUUUUCCACCACGUCAGAGGAUGAUGACGAACAAUAGUCACCAACAUUCAAAUACUGAGACACAUUCAUGGAAUAAUAACAACCAGUGGCUGUCAUCAGUACCGGUAGGAGAACAUAGAAAACAUUUGGAUUCCACACUGAAUAAUUCUGAUAGUGGAUUUCUCAGCGGUGACAACAGUCAUUCAUCAGGUUUAACAGAUAAUCGAACAAAUCAGUUUGAUAUUGUCAGCGAUGAGUAUACUAGAUUGACAGUAGGAUGUCCUAAACCUUUGGAUACACCGAAUGUUGUUCAUUCUUUAACUGAUUUACUCAUGAAUUCAAUGUCACCACCGUUUGAAAAAUUAGAAGAAAACGAACAAGAAGAAGAUCGACAACAACAACAGCAACGCUUUUCAGCCUUUCGUGUGCCUGUAAAGACUACCACAGACUCUUCAAGCAGCAAUCUCACAUCGAAUUAUUUUCAUCGACAGCAUGACACAAUGACUUUCAAUCCUACCACACCACCACCACCAACAACAACGGCAACAACUCCUACUAAUUUUGUUUCUUGUGAUUCUAACCAUGACACCGUAAAGCCAACAACAACAACAACAUCGCCACCGAUAUGGAGACCAUAUUUAGACUAGAUUGAAGACUUACCUUAUUUUUUAUAUUAGCGCCAAAAAUCUCUUUUUCCACAUAGCCAUAUACAUACAAUUUUCAUACUGUACAUAAGACUAAUCCAUACAUCAUAAGUAAAUAGAUGUCACUUCAGAACUCACUUAUUACUCAUUAUUACUACACAUUGUAUUCAACAUGAUUUUAGUUUGCUAAUUAUUUUUCGAGAUACACAGGUUGUAGCCUUCAAAUACAUUGUUAACUACUUUCGAUGUAAUGUGAGUGGUUGAUGUCUGAAAGUGAAGGAGUAUACCUCGGAGUUAAAGACUGGAUGUGAAGUACCGACUUUCGAGUUAGAGUAGGACGUUUCAAUUUCUUGAAGGUAAUCUAAGUAAAAGGAUUAUAAUCUUCCUCUUUUGAAGAAUUUAAUACCUGAAUGGUGUAAAACAGGGAAAAAGGGGUCGGGUUUAACAAUCUACCGAGAUUUUUCAGGUUUGAUCAGUUAUUGAUAUCAGUUGAAGGAGGAGAGUUGAAAAAGAGCCAGGGAUUUCUGGAGAGCUUUUCGUCCUAUUUUGGGACUCGCGGAUGGUACAAGCCCACCAGAGGCGGCAGUUCAAACUCAGUGCCUUCUGAUUACAAAACAAACUGAUAUAAGUAUAAAACUUGGGUACUGUGGUAGAGUAUAACUCCAUAAUAAGGAUUCUAACAAUCAACUUAUUAUGACUAUAAAAACCCUCGUCGUAUUUCCCAUCUAAUUGUAAUGGAUUAAUAACACUCGUGCUAUUAUUUCUGAAUGUACAUUAUCUCAUAUUGAAUUUUAUUCCAAUAUCUAAUCGAUUCCACACAUGUGUAUAAAUGAAGGAAAGAAGUUGUGUGAGUAACUUGAUAUGAUUAUGAGUGGCAAUAAUUUGUGCUCGAAACGUGGUCAUCAGUUAAUAUAACUGUACAACACUGUGUGAUUUAUCAAAAUAAAAUCUUAACCAUUAUGGAUUUAACUUUUGAGUUAGGGAAAUUAAAAAGGUCUACGUAUGAAUUGAAAUGAUAUGAUGAGUCAAGGAGCAGAGGUUCGCCAACAGAUGCUGAAAGCUUUGCCUACAUGUGUCUACAUUUGCCAUUCACCACCUAUCCCAUAUUUUGAUGAUGGAUUUUGUAGGGAUUUAGAAUAAAUUUCAAUUGUUAGAUUUUAUCAUAAAAUAAGGUCAGUUAGAGAUCGUUGAGAAGCAUGAGGCAAUGGACAGCUGUUUCGUCCUUAUUUUGGAGUCCAGAAGUAUAACCCCACUAGGGGGAUCGAAUCCACGACUUUUAGGUUACGGGACCGAAUCCCCUGAUCAUUUGGAUAGGAACACAAUGGCUCGUGAAUUCUAACUCAUGUAAAUUCGUAGUAGAGCGCUAUCUGAUUGACUGACUGGUUUCAAAGUAAAACUUUGCACUGAUGUGCAACAGUUCGAGUCGCCACACUCCAUGUAGCACACAAAGCAAGAGAAGAGAGUAGAAGAAAUGAAAAAUAGAGAUAGUAAAUAGGAAUAUGAGACAAAAGGAAUAGUAAUAACGAAGAGCAAUAUAGUUUCAUUGGAAAUUAUAAGCCACAAGGACUGGAUGCAUCUGCGCCAUCCCUGAGAACGAUUUUGAGCUACAUCACUGAUUGUCUUCAUCCAUUGCUUUCUACCGUCUCGAGGACCCCAACCAGGAAGUCUACACCUUCCUAGGUGGCUGGCCUAAACUAACUGUUGUGGAUUUGAUUGACUGACAAAGCCAUGUUUUGGUUUAACCACCACUGACCUUUUCCAAUCUGUCAGCUAACAAUGCCUGUUGUCGAGGAAGAUAUGUACUAACCAUCUCAGAGCACUACAACUAACAAAUGCCUUCGAUGAGCAUCCACUGACUACUUCUAACUACAGCUUCAGAAGCUAGCCAUCAGGUGGAUACUGACAUUUAAGUCAAUACUUAUAUCCAUCCCAUAAUUUCCAAAUCGACGUCUUAAACCAUCAAGAACAACAGCUGACAGUAUCCAACAGUAUGAAAACAUACUGUCAAAAUCGUAAUUGUUAAAUAGCCGAGACCUGUUACAUCCAUGGGCACGACUGGUAAGAAAAAUACUUAACGGCUACUUACUUAUCAUAUGAGAUAUUCCGGGACUAGUGAGUGAGAAAACAUAAAAAGUGAUAUCAAUUAGUGGAGAUUGUUCACGAACAAGUCAGAAUUUAGUGAUGAUAAGACUUCUUUGGCUGCACUGCUUGUCAACCAUCCCGUCAUACAAACUUUCCAAUUAACUUAGAAUAAACAAACACGGCAGAUACACUACUGAAGGCUUCAUAUAACAGAACUCCAUUACUCGCUAAGGAUAUCAGAGUUAGUAAAUGAAAAAUCAAAGUUAACCUGAUCAGAUUAUUUUAACAAUUAGAAAAAGCUACUCCCUGGUUACCUACCUACUAAUGACAAUGCAAACUUCUAAUGCUACAAUUGGAAAGAAUGGCAAUACAUUCAUCACCUCAUCAGGAACAAAUGACAUAGGUUAAAAUAGUACCUGAUAGUAUGUAAGUAGGUGUGAAUUGGAUUUGAAACCAAGACCCACUGAUUGAAAGUUGAGUGCUUACACAAAUUAGCCAUAUUUCCAAUGAGAAAAUUUAGGAUGAUACUCCUGACAUUCAUAAUGGAGACGUUAAAAUGAUCUAUAGGAAAAGUCGGGCAACUGACGAAGGCGAGGAAAUAUGAAGAAACGAGAUCUGAAGACCGUCUAAUAGUGAGGUCAAUAUAUAAUAUAAUGCGACACCAAUUCCGCAUACUAAAAGUUUAGUCUCCCACUGACAACUCACGCUCUUCCGCAUCAGUAAGGCAGGAUACCAUAAUUAUCUUGCUUUUUAAUUUUCUCGAAAACCCAACCCUGAAGAAUUUCUGCUUCUAAACCCUUUAAUGAGAGAUCUUCAGGGUUGAAAAAUUCCAAAAAUACAACUUUAUGAGGUAGACUAACGCAGUCAUUCAGGAAAAAUGCAAGCAGUAUACCCUACGAACCUCAAAUCAGACCUAUUUAUAGCCUGGUUAAAGUCACCAAAAUUGGUUUUGCAGAGUCAGAUUCAGUUGAUAAGGAUAGAAGGCUCUUGUGGCCUGUGUUAAUCUUUGCAAAAU